AUGGCAACGAGAUCACGGACACUGGGAGGUACAAGAACACAGAAUCCUACCAGAGUACAGAUCCAACCUGGAACUCCUGUUGAUGAAUCUGGAGAAGUGAAAUGCAGUGGACACCAAAUGGUAUGUCCAAAGCUACGUGCUGGACCCACUACAAAGAAUGCAGGACGCGCAUUUUAUUGUUGUCCACUACCUCGAGAAGAUCCUAAAAGAUGUAAAUUCUUCAAGUGGCACGAUGAGUUGUUCCCAUUAGCGAACACGUCAAAUAGUACUGGUGCUGGACCAUCAACUCCUUCUUCAUCAUCACAUAGAGCUUCCGCUUCUACUUUGGUCCAACGGACAAAUCAGACUCUCGGCCAAUCACCUUCUGCCAGAUACGGUAAACCCCUAGGAUCGGUAGCAGGAGUCGGAGCUGGAUCAGGUCCAUCUACAACUAACUCAACCAAGACUGAUCAGCCUACUAAACAUCGAGAGUUAGUUGUAGUAGAUGACGAAGAUGACGAUAACGAAGAUGAGAUGGAAGAAAUCGAUUGGAAUAAAGUAGAUACCGAUGAGAUUGAACGUGAAGCUAUAGCGUCAACACCAGGAUCAUCACAACGUACAAUCAACCCAAAUCCAAGUCAAAAUCAACUUACUCCAGGUGGUACGACAUCUUUCACUGAUAGAUUAAGGAAUGCAGUAGUAGAAGAUGGAUCAAAUAAUAAAAGACAAAGAACAGAAGAAGAUGAUUUACAAUCCCAAGAAAGAACACCAAAAAAAGCAUUGAAUGAUACAAACCCAUUCAUGGCAUCACCUUCUAAUUUGAAUUUACAUUCACCGCCACCACACGCUAUUCUGUCACCGACAAUGUCAUCUCUCGAUCAAAUAUCAGAUCAUCUUCAUCGUCAAGAUAGAUUACUUCGUGCCGCCGAUCAAAUGAAAAAAGGUAUGAGAAUCACUAUCAAGACUUUACAAGACAAGAAUAAGGAAUUGGAAGAUAGGGUGAAGGAAUUGGAGAAACGUCUUGGUGAAUGA